UAAUCUACAGCAAUGCCGGAGCCGAAAGCCGCGUCUGCCGCAAAGAAGGGGGCUAAGAAAGCCGUUACUAAGAGCCAAGCUAAAAGUGGGAAGAAACGCAGAAAGUCCAGGAAAGAAAGCUAUUCCAUCUACGUCUAUAAGGUACUGAAGCAAGUUCAUCCCGAUACGGGCAUUUCUUCUAAGGCGAUGGGAAUCAUGAACUCGUUUGUGAACGAUAUCUUUGAGCGCAUCGCUAGGGAGGCUUCUCGUCUAGCGCACUACAACAAGCGCUCCACCAUUUCUUCUCGGGAGAUCCAGACUGCUGUGAGGCUUCUGUUACCGGGAGAGCUUGCCAAACAUGCCGUGUCAGAGGGCACCAAGGCAGUUACCAAGUACACCAGCUCAAAGUAAACGGCAAGACUACACCCGCUCGAAACCAACGGCUCUUUUCAGAGCCACCCACCUAUUUUGAAAAGCGCUCCAUUAACCUGAAGAGUCCUCUUUGUGAUGUUAGUGUGUAUAAUAUUGUCGUGUAUCCUCUUGUGCUCUGCAUGCGGGUAGUGGGCUGUAUUAUCAAGCCGCUCCGAAGCACUCACCCGCAUAUGGGCGCGAGUCCGUUUUGAUUAGAGAGACUUUUUAUUGCAGAUGAUAAAAAAAAAAAAAAACAGAUCUGUCACAUAAAUCCGUGAAAAUAAUUAACGUAGGCAUGCAGACUCGCAAGAUUUCUACAGUUCUGAGCAAUUACCUCCGACAGUGCAUAAUUCAGAAAUAGUAGGGAUGAUCGCUACUAAUGUCAAAAUGCCUAUCACUCUGGAAAUAAAAGCAUUGUUAAAGGUGCUGCUUCUGCAAACAUAAAUCCGCAGCCCGAAGACAAACGAAGCGUAAAGUCUUGACCACACAAUCCUGGAUGAAACGUGGCUGCUUCCACUUUAAUUAGAUCAAUAAACAGACCUCACCAGAAAAUAAUAUAUGGGAAGAUGCAAUAGCGACAAAAUAAAAGAAAGGAAUGAAUAAAUUCCCUUUGUGCAUUUACACAUGCUUUGAACCUGAAAGAGCUGUAUUGCUCACCACAGUUUUUGCUUGUAUUGCUAAUUGUUUUAUUUUAGUGAACAUUCUCAAAACUAUUUUUUUUAAUACUGAAAUGUUUUUUUGUUUUGUAUAUUGUUAAUUUUGUUUAAUAUGAGUGCAAUCAUUGUAUCUUUUGUAUAAUAGUUCCUGUUUGCCUGUUGUAGCAGGGGGGGCUUUAAUUAAUGAAACACCCAUAGAGACAAGCAUAGACUCGUGGCAAAAAGCUGGAUGACGCAGACGCUGUUGCAGGAGACAGAGAGCACCUGUCGCUGUGUGUGUUGACUGUGCCCCUUACUGCUUGUUUUGUAGAAUAAACGUCAGAAUCUGUA